AUUCGCCGAGCAUCUAGCUAGCAUAAGCCCUACACCCCGAGAGCAAUGCAAGCUCUCGGCUAUGGCGCCUCUCACUCUAGAGCAUCCCCGACAUUCCAUCUCCCGGCGCCAGUGCUAGGUCGACCUUGCGGUACUGAUUUUGUGGAUAGAUCGUUUGGCAGCGACGUCCAGAGGAUAAAUGCAGGCUCUAGGAGUAGAUUUCGAGCUCGCCCUAGCGCGCAGCUGAGUAGUGACGACCAAUCGGUGCCGGAGCAGUCGUGGAAUCGAAGGCUGCGAGCCGCGCUGAGCAGAUAUUACGGGAAUUUUGUCCAGGAUCUAGAAACCGAGGCUGGGGUGGAUGUAGAGAAGAUUAAGGAGGUCGUGACUGCUCGGUACAAGGAAUUACGCGAGAAUGCGUCUCAUGUCUUUGACAGAGCGGCGUCAACAGCGCAAGACGCUAGAGGAAGAUUGGAAGUCGCUAGAAACGAAGGUGAUGAGCUGCUCGAGGAUUUCAGGCUUAAGGUAUGGCCUCGAAUCGUAGCCUGGCACCAAUGGGAGCGAUGGAAGAAGUUGGAUGCUCAACACAUUGGAGCGCUUGUUCUUUACCUUCUACUGGUCAUUGGUUCCUUCCGAGGUCUCUACGUAGCGGCAACCACACCUCGGCUAAGCAAAAGAGAGGCCAAGGAAUUGACUGAAGCGUACUUGGAGGCCACGAUUCCAGAACCAACGUUGGAAAACGUUCACAAGCUGGAGAAGCUUCAAUGGCGAGAAAAUAUGCCUGGCGGUGUUCGCGUACGAAAGCAUCUACUGCAACCCGAUGGGAGUUAUCGUCACGAUUCUUCGUUCGUUGGAGAGCACGCUUGGGACGAUGAAGCAGCGGCAGCGCAAGAAUUGAACGAAAGCGCCGAAGAUACUGGAACCAACGAGAAGCUUACGUGGAGAGAAAGACUGACGAAACUAGAGGACAUGCUUGAGAAAGAAAGCAUCAAGGAAGACACUGAUGCGUUAACAAGCAAGUAUGUUGUCCUCCUGGACAGCGAGGAGAUGGCCAAGGAUAUUGCUGAGAAAAAAGAAGAGCCGGUCAUUCCUCCGCAAUAUGGGAGGGGUUUCUGGGCUGCCAGAAGGUGGUGGAAAUACAGGCCGAAGAUGCCGUACUUCGAUUUUUUUGAGAAAGUGGAGAGAAUGGAGGUUCAAAGUGCCGUAUUUAGCCAAGACCGGACUCGGUUGUUCGUGACAAUGAAAGAAGGAUUUCCUUCCGAGUUUGUGGUAGAUGCUCCAGCAGAUCCUUAUCUAAAUGACGCGCUGCAAAGGUUUCAGGUGGAAGUGGAUACAAUUCCUGAGAGCGGGUUACGUAACAUACUGCGUGCCUACGCUAUUCUUCUCCCUUGUUUUUUCAUUGCUUUGAAGCUGGACAAUACAAUUUUCAACAUCCGGCGAAAUGCAUCUGAAAAGAUCGUGGACCUUAUCAAAAUGAAAUCAUCAAGCAUCGUUCUGCCAGAACAAGCUGAAGAAGCCGGCUUCCCAUCUUUCGAUGAUGUGAUAGUAAGCCACACAGUGUGGAGGGUGGUGGAGGAAAUCGGUAACUACUUGAGCGAUCCAAUGCGAUAUUAUGAUAAAUUUUGUUUCAUUCCUCGGGGUAUACUGAUACAUGGGCCUCCGGGUACUGGCAAGACUCAUAUCGCAAGGGCAAUGGCGAGGGAACUUCAGCUCCCAUUCAUAUUUGCCUCAGGCUCAGAGUUUGGAGAUUCUGAAAUCCCCGGUCCUAAAAAAGUGUUCGACCUCUUUUUUACUGCCAGGGCCAAUGCACCUUCGAUCGUCUUUAUCGAUGAGAUUGAUGCAUUGGCGGGAAAGCAAGUCGAUGAGGAUCCGAGGAGGCUGAAAACUUUCAAACAACUUAUAAAGGAGCUAGAUGGCUUGGAGAUCGACACGGAAGUACACAGAUUUGCUCCGCGGCAGGCAUUUAUUUUGAUAUGUGCAACAAACCGUCGAGACGAUCUGCACGAAGCAUUUCUACAGCGUCAACGAAUCGAUCGCGAGAUUCAUGUGGGAUUGCCCAAAGAAGCAGAGAGGCUAAGAAUCUUCAAAGUACACACUGCAAAAUACAAGCUAGCCGAUGACGUAGACUUUGAAAAGGUUGUAUACCGCACCAGAGGGUUUUCAGGGGCCGAUCUCAAAAACUUUGCGAACGAGAUUUUUGUUUAUGCGAAGCAAAAAGGUCGCGCAUACAUUCAGCAAAGUGAUCUUUUAGAUGUUUUGGAGAAACAGCUGUUUGAAGGAAUAGGCAUGACAGUUACUCAGGAACAACAGAAAGAGUCGGAACUAAAGGUGAAGCCGGAAACAAAAAGGCUACUGGCAGCUCAUGAAGCUGGCCAUGUUCUGCUAGCGCAUCUUUUCCCUCGUUUCGAUUGGCAUGCGUUUACGCAUUUGUUGCCUGGAGGCGCAGAGUCCUCGCUGUCCGUGUUUUACCCCUCAGAAGACAUGCUUGAGUACGGUGGAACAAUCGGAUAUUUCGAGGCCCAGAUGAUAGUGGCUCAUGGGGGUCGUGGAGCAGAGAUUCUCUUGCUUGGCGACAACAUCACUGAUGGAUGGACUGACGACCUCGAAAAGAUAUCUGCGCUUGCAAGGGAAUGUGCCGUGCACCCGGAAAAUCGAAACCUAGGACUUUUGCAAGUAGCAAGGAAACCGCUUCCACCGCGUCCACGUCCUCGACCAGAAGAGCUCUACCCAAUGACGUGGAAUCAUCCCCGCUCCAUCGUGAUUCCGAUGACUCUCGAGGUUUCAGAACUUGUAGGCAGAGAAAUCCAAAUGUUUAUCGACGACACAGAAAAGAUGGCCAUGAAGGCGUUGCAAAACAAUAGACACAUCCUGGAGAGGCUAGCCCGUGAACUGGAGCUAAACAUAAAAAUGACGGGAGAUGAAAUCAAGGACAUCGUGCAUUCUAUGAACCCGGUUUUACUGCCUGACAUAGGCGGCCCACCUGAUUUCUCGAAGGCUGUACCGAUUGAUCCAACUCCUGAGGAGAUCCGUGACGGCUACUACCGGGAUCUGGAUGUCUAUGCAGAUCGAUUACAUCGCUGCUAGACCAAGAUUAUCAAGUCCAGAAUUUAUAGAGGCUGUGUUGCAUCAAGGAGCCACUCCGAGUGAACACCAGACAAAUGAGGUCCCAGCUUCUCUCGGCAGCCAACAUGGUACUCGUUGACCCAUGCAAUCUCUUCGGGUGACAGUAGCGACAUGUCGAUGAGCUUCCUCUGGAAAGGGACCUGAAAGACAGGAGAAAAGGAUAAGAGCUGGAGAGCUCAUGAAGAACACUCCAUACCCAAGUGAUGUGCUCGAAACAAAGGUAGCCUUUGUCUGAGAAAUUAUGUGCUGUUUGAGCUUCCUUGACAAUGAGAACGUUUUCCAGUCGCA